CAGAGGAACCAUUUCACCAUGGAAUAUGAAGCCAAGAAGGGGAAGAAGGGCUUUGUGUCCCCCAUCCGAAGGCUGGUGUUCCCAAAGGCUGCGCGCCAGGCUGCCUUCAGGAGCAAUGUCAGUCGCAGGCCCCUGCAUUCUAUGCCUCUUUAUCCUCCCGACUACCUCAUCGACCCUCACAUUCUGCUGUGUGACUACCUGGAGAAAGAGGUCAAGUUCCUGGGCCACCUCACCUGGGUGACUUCCUCACUGAACCCCUCCAGCAGAGAUGAGCUCCUGCAGCUGCUAGACACCGCCAGGGUGAUUCGACCCACCCCGCAGCAGCUGAAGGAGUUGCCUCUGAAGACCACGCCGGAGCAGGACAGCAUCUUGAGCCUGUCCGCCCGCUGCCUGCUGCUCACCUGGCGGGACAACGAGGAGCUCAUCCUGCGCAUCCCCACGCACGAGAUCGCCGCUGCCUCCUACUUGCAGGACGACGCGCUGCACCUGCUAGUGCUUAAGACUGGUCUGGGCGUGGACCCGGUGCCUGCUGGCGUGGACGCCAGCCCCGGAGGUUCGGGGCGCGAUCCGGGCCCCCCGGGCGCAGCGCCCGAAAAGCGGCGGGUGGGCACGGCGGAGCGGCGCCACACCAUCUGCAGCCUGGACUGGCGCGUGGCGUGGGGAGGGGGCGCCGGCGCCGAGGCCCGGGCGGCGGGCGGUGGCGGCAGCCUGGAGCGGCAGCGCGCCGGAGCUCGGGCAUCAGGCAGCUGGGAGCGGCGACAGACGUUCAGCGGCAGCUGGGAGCGGCGGCACGCGGGCGGCGGCGCGGGCAAGCCGGGCGGCAGCUGGGAGCGGCGGCAGGCGGGUGGCGGCGUAGGCGGCAGCUGGGAGCGACGCCACCCAGGCCCCAACCCGCUGGAUCCCCAAAACCCGAGCCCCGACGCCUACUGCAACCUGGUCAUCCUUGCUGUGGCCAACAGGGAUGCUGCUGAGGAGUCCUGUGCACUCAUCUGUCAAGUCUUCCAGAUCAUCUAUGGGGACCAGAGCAUCGAGUGUGUAGACCGGGCCGGCUACCACUACAGACCCACGCCUAAGCGGCCAUGGCUCUCCAGCUGCAGUGAGAGCUGUCGCACAGAUGGGACGUUUGCCUACGACGCCGACUUGAGCUGCUGCAGCUCCUUCAAUGGCUCCCAGGACACAUUUGAAGCAUGUUACAGCGGCGCAUCCACACCGUCUUUCCACGGCUCCCACUGCAGCAGUACCGACCACAGCAGCUGGGCCUUCGAGCAGCUGCAGGAUUACAUGGUCACGCUGCGGAGUAAGCUGGGUCCCCCUGAGAUCCAGCAGUUUGCAAUUCUGCUCCGAGACUAUCGCCUGGGGCUGCCUAUCCAGGACUUCUGUGCAGGGCUGCAGAAACUCUACGGGGACCGACGGAAGUUCCUUCUCAUUGGGAUGCGGCCCUUUAUUCCGGACCAGGACAUUGGCUACUUCGAGAGCUUCCUAGAGAGUGUGGGCAUCCGCGAGGGUGGCAUCCUCACCGACAGCUUCGGCCGCAUCAAGCGCAGCAUGAGCUCCACAUCAGCCUCUGCGGUGCGCAGCUACGACGGCGCAGCCCAGCGGCCCGAGGCACAGACCUUCCACCAGCUGCUGGCGGACAUUACACACGAUAUUGAGGCUCUGGCCCCCGACGACGAUGAUGUCUACGAGGAUGUCUCCCCAAGUGGGGGCGACCAGGGUGAAGACAACUACCUGUAGCCCUGCUGCCCGCCUCAGCUCUUGCACACUUGCUUGUGGGACACCCUCCUGCGAGUGCCUAGAUAUCCUGGAUUCCCAUCUGUGCCUUCUAGGCUACUGUUCCCGCAGAUGGAUUUCCAGGGCUUAAAUUUCUGCAAUACUGAGAAAGUCCUGCAGGUGGCUUUGCUCUAGGGAGAGCCAGACCCCUAGAGUUCUCUGCAGGAUGAAGAAUCGCUCCUCCUACUGGCCGACAGAAAAGAUUUCCAAUUCAAGCCCCCGCUCUCUGCAACCUCAAACCAGGACCAUUUCCAGAGCCCAGAGACAUCUCUUCGAUUUUACAAACCGAGAAACUGAGAAGCUUUUUGUUGUUGUAGUCUGGGUUUUUUUUUUUUAACUUUUCUUUUUAAGGAAUGGAUAUGAGGGAAUGCCCCUGUUCUCGGAUAUCGCUAUCCAUUUCCAUAUCUAUACAAUAAUUUCCAUUUCACUCUCCUCACAGGUGGUCAUGGGGAUGAAUGGAGGUCAAGACCUCAAUGUUUAGGUCAAGACCUUAGCCUAGCAUGCAGAGGCCCAAUAAAUGUUGUUUCCUUCCACUUGGAAUGUUUUCUGACUCAGUUUCUCUAUCCUUCCUGGGAGCAG